UAUUUUUUCUAUGGCGUCAUUUUUCACCAACUUGUGGAUGUUUUUGAGUGAAUUUUCGUUCUUAUGCAAAAAUUCUAAACCAUUUGGGCCUUUGAGUAGGAUUUAGCGAAUUUUGGUUUAUAAAGCCGCAGUUUCUUUGUGAUGUGAUUUGUUUACUUGCUUGUCUCUUUACAGCUUGAAAUAGAAGCCAAAUGUAGCAACCAUGCUCAUGUGGGAAUUUAUCUUGGCUUAUCAGGAUAUAAGAAUAUUUUAGUGAUUCAACUCCAUCCUCAGUUUCAUGUUAAUGUGAACUCUCAGUUAUGGCAGAUGACUGCACGGUAGUGCGUUUCUCCCGGGAACCUUCACUAGCUAGGAUAGACAAUCUAAAAAUAAAUGACUCUCCAGACAAGAUAACUGAAAAUAGUCAUAUUUUCGGACCAUUUUAUGUAUCUUGUGUCUUAUUAUCAAUAAUUACAUACAUCGCAGACUUGGCCUUGACCAUAAUAUUGUUAUAUUUUUACAGUAUACAAGGCCAUGGAGUUUAUUUUGCAUUGACUUUAACGUUUGUGUUACUGCCAGCCAUUUGUAUCACCACAGUGAGUUUUAGAUGGUAUAUUAUAGACCAUGAUGACCCAUCAGUUGGUCGAGCUUCAUCAUGCCGUUGGAUAAUAAGAAUAAUACUGUUGUUGCUGCAGUUAUCACCUCUACUGAGGUAUAUUGACACCCUUGUCUAUGGAAUUAAGAGCAAAAUUGCAGGUUCCAUUGAAGGGGAUAGUCAACAGACUGUAUUGUAUAGGAAAAUGUUGGAUGAAGACAGCAAUAGCUCAUUACUGAGACUAUUUCACUGUUUCCUUUAUUGUGCACCUCAGGCUGUAAUUCAGCUUGUGUUUUUGUUAAGUUUUAUUAUAAAUCCCGACAAGUAUUCUUUAACUGAGGAUGUUGCACUAAUACAAGCUUGGUCUAUUGUUGGAUCUGUAAUUUCAAUUGCUUGGGCAUUAACGUCAUAUCAUCGUUCAGUAAGAUAUGCACGGGAUGACAAACGCAAAAUGCGGUGGGUUGGAUUGUUGGUUGUAUUUUGUUGGCAACUGAUGAGUGCGCUUUCGAGAAUAUUAGCAUUAAGUCUAUUGGCUGCCAUUUUCCCGACCUGGAUGGCGGUAAUUUGCGGGCUUCAUUGGGGGGUAAUGUCCAUAUGGUUGGCUCUUGGCCAGCAUCAAACAGCAGCCUGCAGCAGUCGUUGUGAGGAACUCCUCCUCUCCAUUGCAUUGGGACUGGCCUACGCUCUGGCCUUUAUUUCACCCAGAGAUGGACCAACUAGAUAUGUUUAUCUAGUUUAUUAUUUAGUGUGUUUUAUGGAGAACACAGGAUGUCUAGUUGUAUGGUGUGUAACCAACAACUCAUCAAACAAACCGUUUUUGUACUACGGUGCUGCAGGUAGUCAAGUCAUUGCCUUUACAUUAGCAAUAAUAUUUCUUAUAAUUUAUUACAAAUACUGUCACCCAUCGCUUUCUCGUAAGACGAAAAUUCCUCAAAGCGAAAGCGGAUGUUUGGAAAAUGACAAACCGUGUUACAGCAAAACUUCAUAUAAUUUAAGAAAUAGUUCCUGAUCCAUUGCUUAUGUCUAAUUUAGACAAAUAUUUUCCAACUUUUGAUACAAUUAAAAACUUGUUUUGUUUGAUAUAUAUUUUAUGUACACUAGUUUCAGAGGUAAAUUUUUAUUAAACAAAAUUUGUUAAACUAUUUCCGGAUCAAGAGCUGUGGUGUACAAGGCCUUGAGUGUGAUAUUUCUAAGUAUUGUGUAUAGAAAAGCAUUUUGUUUGAUUUAAGUAUUUUGCCAUCUGAUACUCAAAUUUGUUUUUUGUUUGCGAAUAUUAAUAAAUCAGUAUUAUUCUUUGCAAGAAAUUAUUUUUAUGAUUUUGUCAAGAAAAAGUUUAGAUGAGAUAAUAUUAGAUUUAGUUUUGUAAAUAAAGCAGGAAAACUUAAGCUGAUUGGCAAUGCUGAGUUACAAUAAAGAUAAUCCAGAUCAGUUAAUUAAGAAGUAUUUAGAAUCAGGGUUUUCGGUAAGAAAACAAUGACCAUCGUAUUUGCGCUUUUAAUUCCUUAAACUAAGAUGCCUUCAUAUGGUGCUUUCGAUUUAACUCUUGUCUUGUGACUUGCUGUGCUACUUAAUGUCUUUGAAUUACCCAUUGUAAAAACUAAAUGUGAGUGCAUUCAAUGUAUUUCAACAUAUUCUAAUCCUAGUUUCUCAUUUAGAGAAGGAUUGUGGUUCUAGUAUUUUGCACCUGCACUAGUGGUUGUAUAUAUUUUUAAAUAACUAGUGUAACAAAUGGUCAUAUAAAUUAAUGAAAUUAUAUUAGAACAGUUUAAUAUUUGGUAAAUGUGUGUUCAAAUUAGUGUAAUAAUAAUUAGAGGGCCGCAAUUGUGGAAAACUGGAAACAUAUAUAUUGUUAACGCAGCAUCUUAAAAUUUUUAUCCCUACUUUUAUAGUAGUUUAAGUUCACAAUGUAGGUGGAGCGUCAAUCGUUUGUUAAGAGAUUUCAGGUCUGAAUUUUACAAGUUUAGUGCGUAUUUAUCGUCAUCACUUAUAAAAUGAGGGACUUUUGAAUUAUUAGCCCUCCCUAGUUAAGAUAAAGCAUCCUAUAAAGUAUUCCAAGGAUUACUGGUGAAGAUUUAUCGCGCUUCACUUCAACCAUGAUCUUAUUCUGAUUUCAUCUCACCCAUUAAUGUGGUAAUGUACAUGCAGCACCAAGAAUCUUGCUACAAUUGCACCUUAUGCAGCCUCUAUUAGUCUGCGCUGGGUUUUUACCGGUUUUCCUUGUAUUCGGUGUUGUAUUAUGUCAUCACGUCUCCACUGUAGAAUCGCGGUAGUGAUAAAAGUAUACAUGUAUAUAGUAUAGUAUAGCCAAGACCUGCAUAAGUGCCAAUUUUUAAUAAAAAAGAAUCAGUAUUUUUAAAUAAUUCAAUGAGAACAUUUAGACAGGGUUCAACACUUUAGAUCUGUAGCUUUUCUAAAUUUAUACAAAGUUUAGAAAAAGAUUUUAUUUUGGUAACCUGUUAUUUUUCCAAAGACAAAAUUGUCAGAGAAGUCUUGAUGCGGUUUUGGUUGGUGUUUGCCCCUAUUAUUUGUGUUGCGCUCUGUGAUUGAAUUCACAAAACUGUAUUUCUAUUCUUAUUUUUGUCUGCAUUUCGCAGUUCUCCUCUCUCGUAUUCAGCUUGCGUUCCAUAAGUUUAAGCGCCCCUGAACUAAAAUUUGAUGGUUGAUUCUGAAGCAUUUUCAGUACUUUCUGUACAGUAAGAUUUCGUUAACUGUUAACUAAUGCUAGACAGAAAAAAAUUAUUUGAUCCUUGCUGUACUUUUCUGUGGUAGUGACGGCGAAAAUGACGGUUCAAAAUAAAUGGUUAUAUUAAUUUAAAUUUCAUACAACACUAUAGUAAAAAGGCGUGACACGAAUGAAAUGUUUUGUAAUUAAUGUUCGACAUACAGACAUUAAAUCCUACCAAAACAAUUCUUCACUAAAAACUCUUCUGGAUUUUGAAUUUGGAAAUAUGCUCAAGCGUCUGAUGGCCGUGCAGCAAGGUUUCAAGGUUUGACAUUUGGAGCUUCUCUAAACGCAUUUUGUUAAUAAUUUAUUUUCAACAAAUUUUAGUGCUUGUGCAGUAUGAAAUUGACGUUUGACAAUGCUGUGAAUAACAUUAAUGGACCUAUAUAUUGCCUUAUUGAAACUUGUUGCUAAGAAGAUGCUACUGUUUUGGGAGUUCAGUUUCCAAUUAUCAGAUACGGAGCACCUUAACAAAUUAAACAAAUCAGCAACAUGACAUGUUAAUGUCAUAAAUGAUAAUUUCGAUGUCAUAAUUGUAUUGUGAACUCUCAACACAAUGGUGAAAAAAUAUGAAGUAUUAGAAAUAUUCUAUAAUUUUUUUAUAACAUUCUAUGAAAUAUAAUGUAAUCAAUUAAAAAAAAUGUAUUGCAUUUAAAUUAUUGGCAAAAAAUAAAUAACUUCUUCAGUACUAUCAGGGUUGUACGCUAGCCCUAUCGUAAGUCUAUAAGUAAAGACCCAUGAUGGUACUGUUCUGCAUCAUAGUUUUUAUUUUAUGGGAAUUUGCAUUUAUGGUAUAGAAUAGUAUUUUGAGCAGUGUUACAAAUCUCUUUAGAUUCUAUUUUUUUAUGGUAAAAUCAUGAUACCUAUGUUUUGAAUUGUUUUGCCAAUAUGAUGAACUAUUUAUGUAUUCAUGCUCCAAACUUUUAAUUGUAAAUAUUUUAUAACUGUUGAUUUUGAAAUAAAAU